AUGUCAAUUUCGAGGAUUUAUCUUUUUAUAAAGCAUGUAUACAUAUAUGUCAAAGGAUCACAUAUUUGUUACCAUGUUAACCGAAUGUCUUUAUUUGAAGUUUUUAAACCUUUAUUUUCUCUUAGUGCCCAUGUUGGACUAUUCUUUCUCAUGGAACUGUGUACAAUCAUGACUACAGGAUUAUUAUUUCGUCGUCGUCAACUAGUCUCACAGAUUUUCACUUGGUUCAAUUAUAGUAAUUCAUUCGGCCCUAUAAGUUCGAAGAAAAGAGCUCCUGGACAUACGCUCCGACCUUUUGUAUGCAGUAAACGAGUUGUCGUGAAAGCAGGUAAUGGCGGUAAUGGUUGUAUUGCGUUCCGACGUGUCUUUUGUAAUCCACAUAGUGGUCCUAGUGGUGGAGACGGUGGAAACGGUGCUCAUGUAAUUUUCAAAGCUAAUAAAAAUAUAUCUGAUUUAUCAAAUAUACCCACAGUUGUACAAGGUGAUAAUGGUGUGAACGGUUCAAUUGAUGAUUGUCAUGGAGCAAAUGCUGAUCAUGUAUAUCUACAGGUUCCGUUAGGUACACAAAUUUUUUCUGUUCAUAAAAACUCUGUUGAAAGUCCAAAUCAAAUAUCAAAUAAUAAUAAUAAUCAAUCCAUUAACCUAGUUAAAACGUUAAACGCAGAUGGUGAUAUAUUUCUAGCUGCACGUGGUGGUGCUGGUGGUAAAGGCAAUACAUUUAUGACACAUGCAACAUUAGCGACAGAUUCAUUAAAGUUACCUAGUCGUAAAAAUGCUCCAUUACGUAUUGCUGAAUAUGGUGGUAAAGGUCAGUUGUGUGAAUUCAUUCUACGAAUGUCAAAACUAGCAGAUUUAGGCUUUGUAGGGUGUCCUAAUGCAGGAAAAUCUACAUUAUUAAGAAGUUUAACAAGAGCUAGACCCAAAGUUGCACCAUAUCCAUUUACUACCCUACAACCACAUAUUGGGAUGUUACAUUUUCCAGAGAAUUAUAAUCCCACUUUAACUGAUUCAGUAGAUGAUAAUCAUAAUCCUGAUAUACCAAGUCGAACUCAUUCUAUAGCUAUUGCUGAUCUUCCAGGUCUUAUUCAUGGUGCAGCUGAAUAUAAUAAAGGCUUAGGAAUUGAAUUUUUAAGUCUAGUCGCUGAUUGUUCCAUACUAGUUUAUGUCAUUGAUUAUGGAACAUUGUGGUGUAAUCAUGGUGUAAGUCAGUUGGACGAAAUUGAGAAUGAACUAACUGAUCAAUUAUCUAUGCUUUAUUAUGAAGUGACAACUUAUGAUAGGAAUCUCUGCAAUCAGGAUAACUGUUUUAUAUUAGGCAGCAAAUUAGAUUUAAUUUUUCCAAAUAAAAUAGAUUCAAGUGAAUCGAAUGUUGAUAAUACAGAUGAAAAUGUCAUACUUUUUAGAAAAUUACACCAUAUAUUGCAUAAAGCUGCUUGUUCGGUUUCUAUGAUUAAGGAUACACCGGAAAGUAUAGACCAAGUAAUGCUUGUUUCAGCCAAACGGGGUGAUAAUAUUCUUCACUUGGCGUGUAAACUUUGGAAUUGUGUACAGAAUUUGAAAGAUAAAAAGAACUAAUUUAGUUCUCUGUAUAGUUGUAUAUUCUUACAAACAUAUUUUUUGUAUGAAACGAUGCC